AUGUCCGCUGUUGAGUAUCCAUAUAAGCCUCGAACAACAGUUCCAGAACUUCAAUACACAAAAUUCAAUGGAGCAAAUUUUGGCUAUAUGCUAUGGCCUGUUCAAGCAGCAGCAACAACUGACAAUCCCAUUGAUGAACCGCAGCUACCAAACAUUAAGGGACGGGUCUUGUUAAUUCAUGGGUUCGGCGAGUAUACAAAACUUCAAUAUAGACUUAUGGAUCAUUUAUCCUACAAUGGCUAUGAAUCAUUUACUUUUGAUCAGCGUGGUGCAGGUGUGACAUCUCCUGGGAAAUUAAAGGGUUUAACUGAUGAGUACCAUACAUUUAACGAUCUGGAUUUCUUUGUUGAGAGAAAUCUUAAUGAUUGUAAGGAGAAAGGUAUUCCAUUGUUUUUAUGGGGACAUUCUAUGGGUGGUGGUAUCUGUUUGAACUAUGCCUGUUCAGGUAAACAUAAAGAUGAGCUUGCUGGUUUUAUUGGAUCCGGCCCCUUAUUGAUUUUACACCCACAUACUGCCCCUAAUAAAGCUACCCAAUUACUGUCACCAUUACUGGCGAAGUGUCUUCCAAAAACCAAGAUUGAUACAGGUUUAGAUCUUGAAGGUAUCACUACCGAUCAAAGAUACAGAAAUUGGUUAGCUAACGAUAAGCCCAUGAGUGUUCCAUUGUACGGGACAUUUAAACAAAUUUACGACUUUUUAGAGCGAGGCAAAAAGCUAUACAAUGAUAAAGAUAAUUUUAUCGAGAAGACUUAUAAUGCGGAAAAACCCAUUAUUGUAAUGCAUGGGAAGGAUGAUACCAUUAAUGACCCAAAGGGAUCUGAAUUAUUCAUCAAGAAUUGUCCGGCCAAGGAUAAAGAGUUGAAACUUUACCCUGGAAUGAGACAUUCCAUAUUUUCCCUGGAGACAGACGAACAUUUUGAGCAAGUCUUUGAAGAUUUGAAGGAAUGGUUAGAUAGACAUUGCUAA